GCGGUUCCAGGGGCUGCCAUCUCGAACAGCUCCACGCCUCAUAGUGAACACAGUGGGGAGACUUUCUGUUUGUCCGCUGAUAAUAACUCCCACCACAACAUGGCCGAGACUGACCCCAAGUCGGUGCAGGACCUCACCAACGUGGUCCAGACGCUGCUGCAACAGAUGCAGGACAAGUUCCAGACCAUGUCCGACCAGAUCAUCGGGAGGAUUGAUGAAAUGAGCACACGCAUUGACGACUUGGAGAAGAACAUCGGCGACCUGAUGACCCAGGCUGGCGUGGAGGAGAUUGAGGCGGCAACGGAGAAGGCUAAAGAGGGUCAGGUUUCCUAGCGAAGGUCCACGAGGAUCUCGGUGUGAAGUCGGUCCGACAUUCAGGAGCAGCAGACUUUACGAUCCUGAAAAUGACUGAUUUGAUGUAGUCGUGUGAAAUGCUUUUAUAUAUUGAAUAUUGUAAUAAACGGUUAGUUAUGUAAUUACAUUAAGAAGUUUAACUUCAUUUGUAAUAGGAUAGUGUGAUGUGCUCUUCAGAAACAGGUGCAGGAUGCAACUUGAGGGAUCUUUAUGCAGCGACCCAGAUGUUAUUUCUCCGCCAUCAUAGAUCGUAAUGAAUAAAGUGAUGGCUGAUGGGGACAGCUUCGUCCUGGCCAGUGCCGAGUACGACCUGCAGGCUCAGGCCAGUGGAGAUCCAUCCUACCAACACGGGGGUGGGCACCGUGCCCACCCGACGCCUGUGGUUGUUUAAAAACGGCACCGAUGGGCCGAGCUGUGGGACACGUUCCAAUUUCAACUGAUGUUCUUCUUAAAGCCAUUUAAUACAAUGCUUUGUCAUGUAUUACAUAAUAAAUAUUUGGCCAGGUGCAGAGUGAA